UGCACGCAAUUCUCUGUCUUUUUUCCUCUCAGCCUGGCUAUACUUAAACCCUUCUUCAUGUGUUCUUGAUACAUGGUAAACGUGAUCGAACAUCCACACGCUCUCUUUAAUCAAUCUCGUUCUCUCUAAUGUUUAAAUGCAAAACACGCAGCUGAUCGAUUAAGCGUUCGAUUCCAUUUUUCAGAAGAAAUCCGUGCAUUCAUCAUAAAAUCAUCGACCUUUUUCCCGAAGAAAACAGAGUACAGAGAAACAGGGAGGAGAAAAUGAAGAACAACGAAGAACAAGCUCGAUCUCUGCUUGGUGUUUCUCUUUCAACCAGACCCAAAUGGCAACAAUUUCUCCUUUGUUCUUCUGGAUUUUUCUUCGGGUACCUCGUUAAUGGCGUCUGCGAGGAAUAUGUAUAUAAUCGGCUUCAAUUCAGUUAUGGGUGGUACUUUACAUUCGUUCAAGGAUGGGUUUAUCUUGGUUUAAUUUACUUGCAAGGGUUCACCAUUAAGCAAAUUGUGAACCCAUGGAAGACUUAUGUCAAGCUUUCGGUUGUUCUUAUGGGCUCACAUGGGCUAACCAAAGGGUCUUUGGCUUUCCUUAAUUAUCCAGCUCAAAUUAUGUUUAAAUCUACCAAGGUUCUUCCGGUGAUGAUAAUGGGCGCAUUUAUUCCGGGUUUAAGACGAAAAUACCCUCCUCAUGAAUAUAUCUCAGCAUUUCUUCUAGUAGUAGGACUAAUCCUAUUCACUCUAGCCGAUGCAAAUACUUCACCUAAUUUUAGCAUCAUUGGAGUUCUGAUGGUAUCUGGUGCCUUAGUUAUGGACUCAUUUCUUGGAAACUUUCAAGAAGCCAUUUUUACCAUGAAUCCAGAUACAACUCAGAUGGAGAUGCUCUUUUGCUCAACGGUUGUCGGAUUGCCAUUCUUGAUUCCACCAAUGAUUUUGACUGGGGAAUUGUUCAAAGCUUGGAGUUCUUGUUCUAAGCAUCCUUAUGUCUAUGGUGUGUUGGUCUUUGAAGCAAUGGCAACAUUUAUAGGUCAAGUUUCGGUUCUUUCACUCAUUGCCAUCUUUGGAGCAGCCACCACUGCAAUGGUCACAACAGCUAGAAAGGCGGUAACUUUGCUUCUUUCAUACUUGAUAUUCACAAAGCCAUUAACAGAACAACAUUGCACUGGUUUGAUCUUGAUGUCUAUGGGGAUUGUGUUGAAGAUGGUGCCUGAAAAUAAACCUAUGCAAAUAUGGGCAUCAAAGAUUAAGGAACUUUCUUCUUUAUCAGGUGAAGAGAACACAAGAACUAGAACGGAAAAUAAUGAGGAAGAACAAAGGCCUUUGGUUUGAACAUUGAUAGAUUUUUCUUAGGGUAUAUGAUCAUUGUUUGCUUUGUGGGUAUGGACAAUACAGAUGAAUGUAUUAAAGGAUUAUCUUUGUUUUUUUGGUAGAAAUGUUCAGAGGUAUAACUUUUAAUG